AUGUUUGUCAUUGACCCUGAGCCACGUUGUGCUCUACUGAAGCUGGAGAGUCUGGACUACAAGUACUUCAGUAGGCCGGUGUUGCCUAGAGCUUGGAUCACUUUGGUGUCUGUGAAGAAGGACUACAGUAGAGGCAACUGCAAACUCGGAGUGGGCUACGGCUUCUCUAGGAACGAGUGUGUAAACAAGACAUUGAAGAGCGACAACCACGCCUACCUUUCUGAGCAAGUGCCCGGAGCCUGCUACGUCUCUUCCAUGGGGGUGAAGGGCAGAGAUAGACCUCCUUGCGUGGCUGAUGUCAACUACGGCUUCACUGGACCAUACGUCUGGGUGAGAGCAGGCUGCCAGGCCGAGUUUACCGUCUGCUACAUGGAGUGA